ACCGAAUCAGACGGGGUAUAUAUGACGGCGAGUUGCCCCGUUAUGAGUGGCGUUAACGUCACCCAGACGAGGGUUCUUAUCGGGCGUCUCCCAAAUCGCUACUCGCCACCGUCCCCCCAAACCGGCACCGCGGAAUCCGAUCUCUUCGAAUCAAAUCGGAGGCCCCAACCCGGCACGCCGCCAAAAUCCAUGUCACGACACGCGCCGCGCGUCAGGGAAUCGCCCGACUCGCCGGAUCGGUCGCGGCGUUAUCGGCCCCUCUGAGAGGGGAGGCCCGGCGGCGUCUGCGGCAGCCCCCUGCUUCGGAUAUAUCUUGUGGGAUUCUUGGUUUUAAUAUAGCAAAAUGCCUCGACCGCCGGAUAUAGGGUGGCAAUAUGGUACCAUGAUAGGGGGCCAUAGACAUCAUGUCAAGUGUAACUAUUGUCACAGGAUCAUGAUUGGAGGCAUUACACGUUUCAAGAAGCACUUGGCAAGCAAAAGAGGGGAGAUUAAGGGUUGUGAGGCUGUUCCUAAAGAAGUAAGGGAGAUAAUGGCACAUCACCUGGCCACAAGGAAACCAAGGAGACCAAACAAAAGAAGACGAAAGACAGCUGAGGGAACUUUAGCAGCACCAGCUUCUACUAAUCUUGGCAUGGAAUCUGAUGCAUCUGAUCCAGACAUGAUAGAUGCUGGACAAGAAGUACUGACCUUUAAUGAAGCAGAAGUUCAUUCUCAAAGAACAGCUGAGCAACAAUUUGAAGUUGGGACAAGGGGUUUCUUAGAUGCUUUUGCAAGUAUUCAAUACAAGGAUGAGCAAGAUUUCAUGCCUCCUAGAGCCACUGAUAUCGGAUGGGUUCAUGGUGUAAUGGUCAAUGGAGAUCGACAAAAGAUAGAAUGCAAGUAUUGCCACAAAGUAAUCUUAGGUGGUGGAAUUUCUCGUCUUAAACAACAUUUAGCAGGAGAAAGAGGAAAUAUAGCACCAUGUGACCAAGUACCUGAGGAUGUCAAAACACAAAUGCAACAACAUCUGGGCUUCAAGGGUUUGGAAAAUUGUUCUAUCCAGCAGACCAUAGAAGAAUAUAAUGGUGAUGCUCCUAAUGCAACUUCAACUUCUUCAAUGGCUGCUUCUUAUAAAAGAAGAGAGAAGGAUGUCAAUGAAGGGAAUUCCAACAAAAGAAAGAAAGCGGAUAUGUUAUAUAUUCCGCAGGGCUUGGCACUACCCAAGCCUACAAUGCACCUUUCUUUUGUUUCACAAGAGAACACAGACCAAGCUGAUACUGCGGUCGCAAAAUUCAUGUAUGAAGCUGGUAUACCAUUGACUGCAGCAAAUUCAUUGUAUUUUCAGAGAAUGGCUGAUGCUAUUGCUGCAGUAGGGCCUGGAUACAAAAUGCCUUCGUAUCAUUCCCUCAAAGGUAAACUAUUAAGUCGAUGUACCACUGAAUUAGGAGAAUUCAGUAAAGAACUUCGCAAGUCAUGGGAAGUGACAGGCUGUACUGUCAUGGUUGAUAGGUUGAAGGAUACAGCUGGUCGAUCUAUAAUAAACUUUUUUGUCUAUUGUCCAAAAGGAACUAUGUUUCUCAGGUCAGUGGAUGUAUCUCACAUUGAAACUAAUUUGGAUGAUCUUGUUGAUUUAUUUGAGAGCAUCAUUCAAGAUGUUGGCUCCAGGAACAUUGUACAUUUCUUAUCUGAUAGUGCACCCUGGUAUAAAGCUGCAGGGAAGGUACUAAUGGACAAGUACAGAACCUUUUUUUGGAGUGUGUGUGUGAAUCAUUGCAUUGAAUUAAUGCUCAAAGGCUUGUGUGAAAUGGAUGAAGUGAAUGGGACACUGACUAAGGCAAAGAAGAUCUCUCAGUUCCUUUAUAAUGAUGCAUGGCUCCUUGAUUUGCUGAAGAGGAAUACUGAAGGAAAAGAUAUAAUUCGACCUGCCAUGGCACAAUCUGUGAUGGACUUUUUAACUUUACAGAAUAUUUUCUCUUUCAGAGGCUCUCUUCAGCAGAUGUUUGCUUCUAAUACUUGGGAGGAGUCAGUGUUAUCUAAGCAGAAAUUGGGAAUGGAUGUAAAGGACAUUGUGUUUGAUUUGCAAUUCUGGCAUUCAUGUGGUAAAAUAAUAAAGGUCUCUGAACCACUUACAAGAGUUCUAUGCAUUGCAGAUAGUGGAGAAAAACCUUCAAUGGGAUUUGUAUUUGAUGCAUUUGAAAAGGCGAAGAGAGAUAUUCUUUUGGCAUUUGAUAACCAGGAAUCUGAUUGCUUGCGAUAUUUGGAAGUCAUAAAUCAUGUACGGGAUGAAUUUCACAGCCCCCUGCAUGCUGCCGCUUGUUAUCUAAAUCCGUCCAUUUUUUAUAAUUCCAAAUUUUCAAUUACUAAUGUCAUUCAAAAAGGCUUGCUGGAUUGCAUUGAGACUUUGGAGCCUGAUCUGACAGCCCAAGAUAAUAUUACAAAGCAUAAAUCUUUUUACGAAGAUGCUCUUGGCGACUUUAGUCGACCAAUGGCUUUAAGGGGAAGAGAAACCUUGCAUCCAGCGACAUGGUGGUCUAUGUAUGCAUCAGACUAUCCAGAACUCCAGCGUUUCGCUGUUAGGAUUCUGAGCCAGAUGUGCAGCAUGACUGCAUUCAAGAGGAGCACCUACAUCAAUGACACUGUCCAUUCGAGUAAGAACAGAAUUGAAGCCGCGAUGUUGAAUGAUCUUACUUUUGUCCAUUAUAACCUGCAUCUUCAACAAAGGCAACCGGUGGCAACCGAAAGCAAGGGCUUUAAGAACGAAGAACAUGACCUGAUAAGCCCAGACAACUAUAAUGCAGGAGACUGGAUUGAUGACCCUGGAAUGCUCGAGAUGGAAGGCAUCGACUUGUUAGAUGCUACUCCUAUUGCUGCAAUCGAUAAAGUCGGCAAUACAAGUGAUGGCAAUCUUGUUAACAAUGAUUUAAUCACAAAUUAAAUGUAAUAGCAACCAUGGCACCGCAAUGCUGACACAGAAAAAAGCACCAUUUGAGCUAUAUUUCAUUGUGAAACUGAGAGUGAGUAUAUGUGGACAUUGUUGUGUAGAAGUUUGUACAUCUGUUUAUCAGGUGACUUCCAUUUCUGGAGGGGUUUCUUGUCGGGUUAUUGUUGUAAAUUGAGUUUUCUGGAUUUAGGAACCCAAUUUCCAUUUUUGUUCUUGAUA